AUUUUUUGUAUAUAUAAUCAUAACUUUUUAAAUAAGGGAUUAGCGGACUAUUUAUUUAUUUAGAAAUGCUAUAUCCACUUACAUUUGUCCGGCUGUCGCCUGCAGUUUAAAUCGCCUCUCCAGCUCCGUAACCCGGGCAGGAUGCUCCAGAUUCCUCUGCCCCUGGACCGGGACCCCACUCUGUUCCGCCUGCGGUUCACCUCCUUCGCUGUCAUCACUGUCUGCUGCCCUCUCUUGGGGUUUGUGUCCUGCGUCAUUAUCUCUCUGCUCUUCCAUUUCAAGGAGACCACUGCCACACACUGUGGGGUCUCAAACUACCUCCCCUCUAUUAGCGCUGCCAUCGGCGGGGAGACGCCCCAGCGCUACAUCUGGCGUUUCUGUAUCGGCCUGCACUCUGCGCCCAGGUUCUUGGUGGCAGUGGCCUACUGGAAUCACUACCGCGUUCUUUCUGCCACACACCGCUACUACCAGCCACUGUGCCACCUCAACCUGCUGCUGAGUACCUUGGAAAACCUGGGGCUGAUGAUACUCACCUAUGUGUCCUCCAAUGAGAAUUACCUGGUCCAUAAAAAUGCCUUCGUCCUGUUCAUGUGUUCUGCUCUGUGCCACAUGUAUCUGACCUGCAAGCUGUGGCGACUGGCUAAGAAACACGUAAGUUCAGAGGAACUGACUUCCUAUCUCUGGAAGCAUCGCAUCUUCAUCUUCAACCUGAUGACCUUCAUCUCUGCCCUAUGUGUUUUUGUUCGGCAUAACGCCUACUGCGAACCCGGGGUGUACACAGUGUUCGCAUUCCUGGAGUACCUGGUGGUUCUGUCCAACAUGGCGUUUCACAUGACAGCAUACUGGGAUUUUGGGAACAAGGAACUGGUCAUAGGCACACCACUCGAGGACAAGCGAUUCUAAUGGUCCUGCCAGGGGCAUGGGGGAAUUGCAGACAACAGUAGCACAUUGACAUAAGUGGAUGCAAGGGCACAGGAAAGCCGCCAUUCACACUGACAAUCGGAGUGCUUGUUCACCCAGAGCCACUUUGAAAGGGCUCAAAAGAACUUAUGGGAAGGAUGCCAGUUCGACCAGACUGCCUGGGGGAGAAUGAGCAGGGCUUCUGAGUUUCUCUCUCCCCCUCUCUCUCUGGAUCUCUCUCCCCCUCUCUCUCUGGAUCUCUCUCAAGUAUUUCUUUUACAGAUUCUAUUUUUUUUGAGAUUCACACAACCAUUUAUUCUGAAGAUGCUCAAUGUAUCCCUUUAAUCCAAAAGGCAAAAAGGAAUAACGGUGAGAAUGUUGCUUUGUUGUCAGAAGGUACAGGAACUAGAAACAAUCCAAACAAUACACUAGACUUGAACAGCCGAGUAUUUCAGGAUGUGUUGGUGCUAAAAAAAAAAAAAAAAAAAAAAAAAAAAGAGGUUGUGAUUUAUUAUUUCAGUGAAUAAAACUGAAGAAAUAAUUAUUAGUGCCGUACAGGUUUAAAACGAAGUUGCAAAGUUAUUUUAUUUAAAAAAAUCUCUAUAAUGCUAAGUAUUUAGCGGAACUGUUAGAUACGGCUGAACUUCAAACAAAUGCAGUUUUGACCCCCUUAUCUGAAACGUUUAUGUUCCAGUGAUGGAAUUAGACUAUGUUAAAAGAGAAUGAGGAAGAUUUUUAUUCUAUUUUGAGUUUGGAUUUGUUGAUGACUGGUUUCUUUUACUGUAUAUAUUGAUUUUAUGAUGAAGGCGAUUAAAUAAAUAGGACUUUUUUUUUUAUGGUCCCUGUUUUUAAUAUGAAAUGCAAACUGAUGAUAAAUCCCCAUUGUUAACCCACCUGAACAAAAUUUCUGCCUUCAUUUGAAAUUUGUGUGUACUUUUAAAGCCACAGAUCUUCCUCUGACCUCCCAGUGGUAUUCACACAUGGACUGAGCAUUUGUAUCUCAGCCAGGGCUAUACUGUUUGUGAACCCAGCUCUGUUAAUAUAGAUAAAAUGUUUUUUCCUGUGGAUGUUAAUGAGUAAUGCUCAAACCACCAGAAUUUUGCAUAGGGGAAUUUUAUUAUUUUCCUGUGAUUAAAAUCACAGGGUACCUGUUGGGUAACUUUUAACAUCCUACCUGCACUACAGCAAGAAAUUCUCAGUUUCUGAGGGCUGUGUGAGGAUGGGUAAUUGUAAACAUAAUUUAUUUCUGAAUUUAUUUGUUUGUUAACAGACAUUUCUGAGCUGCUACUGUGUUUUUUGUAUCGGAUGGCAACACCUGGGUAUUGUUCUGAAAACAUUACCUGUAAGCAACAAAACUAAAAGUUGACUAAGAUACAAAUUGGUUUCGAUCCAGUGUGUAGGUCAUCUUACUUUUAUUUUGAUUGUAUGCAGAUAUCUUUUCAUGUUUAGAUGUUGAGUUUUGCCUUGUCUGUUUUUGUGAAUUGGUUACAGCAGGUUCACAAUGUAAAGUGAUUUAUGUGUAACAUUAUUACUGCUAAGUAUAUUUAAACAAAUGGUACUUGAAUUAAAUACAUAUCUUGUAUACACAUGAAUAUGUGGAAAUUUAAAUAUGCUUCCAGCAUCUCUGUCAUUAUCACAAACACACACACACACACAUAUAUAUAUAUAUAUAUAUGAAGUCUAUAUUUGCAUCCUGAGCCAUUUGAAAAAAAGGGAUAAUACCUCUAGAGGAAAAUAUACUUGAACUUUAAAAAAAAAAAAAAUUAAAGCUGGUACAUUCUCAGAGAAACUAAACGGAUAACAACAUAGAACAUCUGUACAGCACUGAAAAACACUAUUUUAAAAAAACACGAACUGUACUGCUGAACCUUGUCUUCUUUAAUAUUAGCAUCACAAGGGUAUCCAUGUAUUAUAAAAAAAAUAAUAGAUGGGCCUCUUCAGUGAGUUACAGGAAAACAAUUCCAUCUCGGGUUUCUGAGACAGUUUUUAUAAAUUACCCGACCUUUGGUCUCGUAAUUUAUGACAUCAGAAACCCUGGAUGAAAUUAUUUUCCUGUAACUCCCUGAAACCCCUAUAUAUAUAUAUAUAUAUAUAUAUAUAUAUAUAUAUAUAUAUAUAUAUAUAUAUAUAUAUAUAUAUAUAUAUAUAUAUAUAUAUAUAUAUAUAUAUACACAGAACAGAUCUGCUCUACAUAGUGUGGAUACUUCUGUCUCUAAUAUUCAUGCUGUGCAUUAAAUCCAUCAUUGGUUACAUUUACAAUGACAAGAGAGGUAGCAUGCUAUGGUUGUCACACUAUUACUCAGAAGAAGAAAAAAAAAUCCCUUGACAGUGGCCAUCUGGGUUUACAGCAGAUGUAGCAGGUCAUCAUCUGUUUGUUUGUUUUUUUGUAUUUAUUUUUAUUCAAUAUCUUCAAGGAUGGUUAAAUGUAAUUAUUUGUUAAAUGUUUCGAUUAAGAUUCCCUCACAGCACAAAAGGGACUACUUAAAGUGCUGGGUUAAAAAUUGUGGCAAUAUGUUACCCGUGCUACUAAAGCAACACAUUUUUUAACUAUGCAAGUUAAUAUGUGCUGUGUUUUUUGGUUACUCAGCAUUGUGACGAUCAGGAUCACUACACUGUAAAAUGUACUUAAUAAAAAAAUGUGUCUAGUAAUAAGAUGUAUGAUUUUGUUAAACUACAUUUUCAAAGAAAGACUAUAACUACUGUAUUUAUUGUAAGAGAACUAUUUUGUGUUCAAAUAUGUUUCAGCAGUAAAGAUUCGAUGCUGUGAUCUUUAGCUAAGAGUUUAUUGCUUGAUGUAAAUAGUCAGCUCAACUUAUUGCUGAGAUUUCAUUGAUUUAUAGACAAUCUGGAUCGAUGUACGCCUAUAUUGCAUUUACGAUACGUAUACAAAAUGUGCAGUAUAAACCCAUGAAGAUGUUUUGACUUUAUGCAGAGAUGUAUAAUUUGAAAUUCCUGCUGUAGCUCUGUGCCCUGUACCUGGUUGUGUUCUGUUUUUAUCCAGAGAUAAGGAAGUGUAUUUCUGUAUCGGUAAGGUGACAAUUCUUCGAUUUGUUCCUUGAAUUUGAUGCAUUUUGACCCAUGGAACAAUGUUAAUUGUACCAAACUCAUGCUGGCUUACCCCCUUCAGACAUUCCAUGCUUGGAACGCGCAUUUUCAAAAUCUAGAAAACUAUAGUACGAUAACAGUAUGAUGACAGCACGAAUCUAGAAAAAGAACAUUCCAUUCUGCGUACCAAAAGUCAUUACAAAUGUAGCCAUUGUCUGUCAAGAUACCAAGGCAAGUAUUUGCAACCGGCACCAUGCAAGGUGAAAGAGUGCUGUCUCCACAGCACGAAGAGGACUGAUUCCACUAUUUUAGACUAUUUAUACUAAGAAUUAUUUUAAAUAUUCUUAUUGGGAAAACAGUACAAUCUUAACAAUUCUUAAUGAGGAAAGUUGUUUUUGGCAGUGGAAUUUUAUUUGCCAUAUUAACAUUUUUUAAAUAUAUUUCUUUCAAUAAAUGGUAAAAUGAGAAAAAAAA